GGCAACUCUGCUCUUCUUGCUCUGUUCGAAUCUCACCUUCCUCUUCUCUGCAGCUCUUCCGCCGCACCCCUUCUUCGUCAGAACCAGCUCGCGCACGCCAUGGGUUUACUCAGACUCGCCACCGGAAUCCGCGGCCCCAGCGGAUUCGGAUCCGGAUCCACCUCCGAGCAGGUUACCGAAGGCGUCGACGCCUCCCGUCUCACUGCUCUCGUCACCGGGGGAAGUAGUGGGAUUGGAGCCGAGACGGCUAGGGUUUUGGCCCUCCGAGGAGCCCAUGUCAUCAUCGCUGCGAGGAAUAUGCAAGCUGCCAAUGAGGUGAAGCAGCGCAUCGUAGAUGAAAUUCCAUCUGCCAAAAUCGACAUCAUACAGCUCGAACUCGGUUCUCUCAAGUCUGUGCGAGCUUGUGCGGAGAAAUUCCUUUCCAUGAAUCUGCCCCUCAACCUGCUGAUAAACAACGCUGGCAUCAUGUUCUGUCCUUACACGCUUACGGAGGAUGGAAUCGAGAUGCAGUUUGCUACAAACCAUCUGGGUCACUUUUUGUUGACCGAUCUUCUACUUGAAAAGAUGAAAAGCACCGCGAAGAGUACAGGAAUUGAAGGGCGUAUUGUGAAUGUCUCAUCGCUAGCUCAUGUGAAUACGUAUCCAGAAGGAAUACGGUUCGACAAAAUUAACGAUAAGGACACAUACAACGAUAAAUUGGCAUAUGGACAAUCCAAAUUGGCCAACGUACUGCAUGCCAAUGAGCUCGCUAGGCGCUUACAGGCAGAGGACGCAAACAUUACAGUCAAUUCUCUUCAUCCUGGUCUGAUUACGACAAACUUGAUGAGACACUCCCUUCUUUUAAUGAGAGUGUUUAGAUUUUUCACUUACAUGUUGUGGAAGAAUGUACCUCAGGGAGCAGCAACUACAUGCUAUGUGGCACUGCAUCCGAACCUCAGGGGUGUGACUGGGAAGUAUUUCGAUGAUUGCAAUGAGGAGGAUACGAGUAAUCACGCCAAGGACGAAGAACUAGCAAGAAAGCUUUGGGAUAUAAGCGAGAAGAUGGUUAAAACCAAUAAAUAAAGAACAUUCAAGGCAAAAGGAUAAAUAGCAUCUAUCAAGAUCUUUUAAGUUCAUGCAAUAAGAUGUAGUCGAGAGGAGUAAUUUUGAGUGUCUCAUAAUUAAAAUUUCUUUGUCUUUGAGUAAUUAUGUUUGUUAUGGAAGUUCAAGGAUGAUAAUUUUAUACUUA